GCACCACCGCCAUGUAGCUCUCCCGUGGAUGUGGCUUUCAUCCUGGACUCUUCGGGCAGCAUUGGAAGAACAAACUACCUUAAGCAGAAGGAAUUUGUCAAGCAGGUAGCCAGGAGUUUUGGCGUAGCACCAGGUCAGAGUCAAGCAGCGAUGGUCCUAUACAGUAGCACAGCUUCCGUACAGGCUCGAUUCGGACAGUAUGCAACCGCGGAGGAGUUCGCCAAAGCUGUAGACGCUCUACCUUACGAGAGGGGCCGGACACGAAUCGACAUGGCCUUGGAUCUAGCAAGCACGGACAUCUUCCCUGCAGCGAGGCCGGGCGUGCCUAAGAUUGCCAUACUAAUAACCGACGGCAAGCAGACGCAAGCAAAGGACGCCAAGGACUUG